AGCGUUUUUGUUGCUGGGCGCGGCAGCAGCGGCAGUUCGAAGUGAACGCGCGAGCGGCCAACACGUUAACGGCACGCAGUGCAGCGGCAAAAAAGCGAAAAAUAGAAAAAAAUACAGCAACCUGAUAAUAGGCAGCAGUAGCAACUCAAGUGUGAAUUUAUAUUGAGGUUAUGUAAGCCUCAGGCCACAAAUAGAAAACAAAAAGGCAACUGCAUUAGUCAGGUCACACGCUCAGCUUUAAAAGCUAAAUCCAAGGCACGCGCUCCGCAUUCCAAAUGGAGGAGGCCAAGACGCAGGCGCAGCAGCCAUCGCCGCAGCAACAGCAACAGCAGCAGCAGCAGCCGCAAAGCCAUCCUUUGGAGGAUGUCUCUCUGGGCUCCGAAAACGAUGACGACAAACAGACGCCCAAAAAUUGGGUUAAAUUCGACGACGAGGCGGACAGCGGUGAAAAAAAUAAUAACAGUAACGGCGGCAAUGCCACACAGCAACCAACCCAACAACAACAACCGCAGCAGCAGCAGCAGCAGCAAAACAAGUUGUCGCUGCCGCCACCGCCAUCGGUGGUUAGCAGCAACAACAACAGGAGGGCGCGCUCGCGCAGUCCCAACGCUCCGUCAUCAACGACAGCAGCAACAACAACAACACCUGUCCAGCGCCCCACAGUUUCCUCGACCACAGCUGCCACACCGGUGGAUGCUUCUACGGCAGCAUCGCCGGAUGUGGCGCCCGCUGUUUUGACAACUGAGAGCACGCACGUUAAUCUGAGUGCAUCCGGCAGUGGCAUUGUAGCCGGAGGUGCAAGUGGAUCUGGAUCGGGCUCGGGACCUGGACCGGCGCCCGCACCUCGUCACCCCCCGCAGCUAAUAAACCAAAAAGCAGCCUCAGCACCCUCGCACGCCCCCUCGCCGGCUGCAGCGGCAUCUUCCAGUCAUCAUCACAAUGGCGGCAGUGGCACCAACGGCACCGGAGCUGGCCAGGCCAUGGAUCAAGCUUCUGGGAUGCGCACAAUCGAACUGUCAACGGGGCGCAUUCGCGAGGGAUUUGCGAAUGGCGAUGUAAUUGUAACGUUGCUGCCAGCAAACACAAAGUGGCCCUGGAUUGCUCCUGCUAUCUUCCGGCCGGAACUGGUGCCCGAGGAGCUGAUGGCCCAGGGUCUGACGCUCACCGUGGAGGACUACGUUAAUGCAAUGGAAACGCUGGUGAACGACUAUCGCUUCACGGUGUACAACAUAUGCUACAAACGAAUCCUCGUCUGCUGGAUCCUGUUCGCCUUUGCCGUGCUCCUGGCGCUGCUCUUCUCCGGCCUGCAGGGCGUGGCCCUGUUCGCCCUCGGCGUCGGCUGGCUCUUCCUGAACGCGGCGGCCAUCUUCCUGUGCAUGUGGAUGAAGUUGCGGCUGUCGCGGGGACUGGAGAAGUGCCUGGCCCGGGUCAACCGGCAGCUGAUGCGCCACAAAAUCCUGCUGGUGCUGGAUGAUCGGGGUCGCAUCUCGUGCCACAAGGUGAAUCUCUGUUUCAUGUACUUCGAUGCCACGCAAUGCGUGAGUUUCUUGAAUGAGUUCCUGGAGCACACGGAGCAGAAUGGCGGCGAGGCCAUCAAGGCUGGCUGGGAGCGGAAGCUAGACAUCGACUUGGAGGACAUUGUCAUUCAGGGCAGCCAGCCGGUUCGAGUUCCCCGCAAGGAGGCCGUGGCCCAGGAGCUCUUCCUGAGCUACCUGCAGCGCUGGGGGAAGGACUUCCUGCGUCGCCGUCUCGACUGGACCGUCCAGGAGGCCGGCGUCCAUGAGACGCCCCGCCAUCUCCAGUCAUCCAUCUGCCCCUGUCAGUACGAGGAGGAGCUGCUCCGCAACAAGAUCAAGAUCAGCCUGCAGCAUCGCACAUGCUGUGGCAUCAACUGCAUGGGCUGCUGGCUAUGAUCCUGCGUAAUCCACAAGUAAUCCUGAAAUGUUUCGUGUAUAGUCCUGGAGAAUCAAUUAAAUUGCCCAGAAAAACCAGAGAAAUUGUCUUCUUUUUCAAAAAUACUUUGUGUUGAAUAGCUUUUUUAUUCUGGCAGUGCUAUAUUUUCAUAUUUUUUGACUAAUUGACUUUAAAAUUUGUAGUUCACAUUUAAAUAGAGCUUUUGAGAUACAAAGAAUAUACAUUUUUAUUUUAUUUUAUCAUUACCUUAAGUAUUUCCUUAUUUUUUCUUUUGCGGAUUUCUGGAAAUACAGACUAGAAGUUAUGCAUUUUAUUUUUGAAUUUAUCUAAAUUUAUACUUGAUAUUUAUUAUCUUUUAUUUAAAACCUACUUUAAUUUUAUGCAUGUAAUGUAUUUUACAGGUGCAGCCUGAAGGUAGGCUGCAUCCAUUACCGUUUUUUGUUGACGGGCCCACUAAUCCGCACCAUCCAUACUCCAUACCAUCUGAUAACAAAACCCGUGUUCCUAACCCAACUCACCCCACAUCCGCUAUAUCUGUUUGCCCCUCUGUGUCUCACCCCCCGCUCUUCCACUCUCCCAAUCUCUGCAGGAACGGGGCAUGCAGCUGUUCCUUCGCUACGGCUCCCGCUGGGGCAUGGAGGCGCUGCGGGGGCUGGUGGACGUGACGCCCCUGGAGCCGGGUCGCCACUGCGGACAGUUCCAGUGCCCCUGCCAGUACAUCAAAGAGCACUUGCAGUGCAAACCGCGAGGCAAGUUCAAGUGUUGCAAUUUUGUGCAUUGGGUGAUGGCAUCUGAGCGCUACGACAGCGACAACUAAAGCUUGUAAAUGUCUAUUAAUGUACUGUACAAUACCUGUGUGUCUAUGUGCUGUAACUAAGUGAAUUUAUUGCCGACUAUCUGCUAGAGGCUUUUCCGCAAUCUGAUGAAUUUAGCUAAUUUGCUUUUGGCCGGGCCAGAGCUCUAAACUCGAGGAAAUACCAAUAAGCAACACCUGCCACAUUGCGACCAUUUAUCAACUUUUAUUUCGUUUCAGAUGUUAGCCCCUAAGGCUGAGGCAAGUUUGCUAGUGUUAUUGGUAUCUCUCCACUCUCUUAACUCUUUAUUCUAUGCCUAAUUAUUCUGUGUUUAAUUAACCCACGAGAUACAGAUAUUUGAUAUAUUUUUUUGCUUUCAAAAUUUACACAAACAGUCUCCAUAAACAGCAUUGGCCAAGUAGUUUGGACCCGAUUCCCCUUGUUCGGUGGCUAGAGAUUAAGCUGGGUGGUGGCACCUCAAUCACAAACCACAAGGCCCACACGAUUUCGAGUGUGCAUUCCCGAAAUACUAAGCCGUUUCGAAAAUAUCUUGAAAAUUGCAACCAACUCUCACCACACUGAACCGUAUAAUUCUCUUAUUAACAUAAGCCUUGUAUAAAUUAUGUUUUUGUUUCUUAAAAGUACGUAUGAUCUGUUGGUGUCACAAAUAAAUGUCAAAUAUAUAUA